UUGAGUUAAUUUUAAAAUACUUGAUUUUAAAUUUUUAGGUUCUUCUUCAAAAUAUGUAUUUGGUAAAAAUCACAUGAGCAUUUUAACACAGUUGCCUGAGACUCAUCAAAUGUUGAGAAAGACAUGUCGAGAAUUUGCAGAAAAAGAAUUAAUGCCAAUUGCUGGAAAAGUAGAUAAAGAGCAUAUGUAUCCUGAAGAGAAGGUGAAAAAGUUAGGAGAACUUGGACUUAUGGGUAUAACUGUACCUGAGAGUGAUGGAGGAACAGGACUGGAUAAUCUAGCUUAUGCUGUAGCUAUGGAAGAAAUCAGUCGUGGUUGUGCCAGCACCGGAGUUAUUAUGAGUGCUCACAAUUCACUCUAUGUAAGUCCCAUUAUGAAUUAUGGAAAUAAAGAACAGAAAGAAAAGUAUCUUCGACCAUUUUUGUCUGGAGAUCAGAUUGGUUGUUUUGCACUUAGUGAACCAGGAAAUGGCAGUGAUGCAGGGGCUGCAUCAACAACAGCACAACUGAAGGGUGACAGAUGGAUUCUCAAUGGAACAAAGGCUUGGAUAACCAAUGCUUUUGAAGGAAAAGGAGUUGUUGUAUUUGCAACUACUGAUAAAUCUAAAAAACAUAAAGGAAUUAGUGCUUUUAUAGUACCAAUGCCAACUAAAGGUCUUUCACUUGGAAAAAAAGAAGACAAGCUUGGAAUAAGAGGAUCUUCAACUUGUAAUUUAAUUUUUGAAGAUUGUGAAAUUCCUAAAGAAAAUCUUCUUGGUCAGAUGGGUGAAGGUUUCAAGAUUGCUAUGGCAACUUUAGAUGGAGGAAGAAUUGGUAUUUCAGGACAAGCUUUGGGAAUUGCACAAGUAAGUCAGUUUUAUGAUUUGAAAAUAUACUAACAUGAUUACUAAAUACAGGUACUUCUCAGUUUAUGAACAUCCUUUAAUGCAUGGUAACUGUAUAGCACAGUGAUUCCUAAACUUUUUAGAAUGACAAAUUUUCAUGACCUUCUUAGCUUUAAUGGAAGUGAAUGUGGUAUUUUUUUAACUUAAUUAUUUUCUUUUUUCUGAAAUGUAUUAUUGAAUAUAAUUUUACAAAAAAUUGAUCUAUUUCCCAUAAUAAUAAACCAUUUUAAGUAUGGUUCACUGCUGACCCAGUGAUAUAGUGACUACACAUAGCAUUUUUCUAUAUUUGAAGAUUGCAACAGAUAUUCUCAAUUUUAACAUUUUACUUUAUAGAAGAAUUGUAGAAAUAUAUCAAAAUCUAGAAAAACUAAAUCAAACAAACAAUUGAACAAUACUACAUUUUUUCCAGCCUAUUUUUUGGCUAGAUUUUUAAUUAAUUGAUAAUACUACAGCAUUGGCAUUGUUUUCAUUAAACAGCCUAACAAGAAAGGCACAACAAGACUAUCUCUGCUGAUAUGCUGUAAUAUGAAUGAUAUUUCACGUGCUGUAGGCAGUUUUGUACACAGAAAUUGACCAUAGCAUGUAUGAAAAUUGGUUCACAGCUUAGCAAUGAGUCAUGACCUACAUUUUGAGAAUACUAAUCUAACAUGUUACAGUGACAUUUUUGGUGGAAAAAAUAACUUUGCAUUAAAAAAUCUUCAUAUUGAAAAUAUAAAGUUUUCUAGAAAAUCUUGUAAUCUUCCUGUAUUUUAAAAAAGUUGUUCAUUAUCAAAUCACCUUCCUUCUAUUUUAUCUGAAUUUGGAUUUGAAAAUUAGGACUAUGAAUCAGAUAGUAAAAGCUUAUUAGCAGUAAAUAAAUGAGCAAUAUGUUGUCUUUUAAAUUUUGAUAAUUUUUUCAAGUUUAUGCUUUCUUAAGUAGUUAAAGAUGUUCAAUACAAUAAAAAAAAAUUCAGCAGUGAGUUGCUUAACUACCCCUACAACAUUUGGUGAUGCCAUCUGUGAAAUCUGCGAUUUUUACAUCAAUGUCAGAAAAAUAUUUGUAAAUAACUCCGAUGAAAAAACCACUCUCGGUGAGAAGUAUAUCGGAGGUCACCGAUUGUUUUCACAUUAAGGUGGGAAAGUUGACACUUAGUUGAUCGGAAUGCACCAUAAGUGUCAACAGAAGUCGAUCACGUGACUCAUUUUCCACGAAUAACAUAUAAAAGCUCGAAUCCCCGGAAGCUCCGCGCAAUCCCUCAGAAGUUAUACUUGGUAGAUGUGCCAUAUUUGUCUCCAUAGUCCGGACCGAAAGGAUAUACGACCAACCACAGCCAUUUGAACUUCCAUCGCCAUUAACGAACCUAUUCAACGAACACAUAUUAGACAUAUCCACAUAGAGGUAUUUGUACUUUUAGAGCUUUGUGAACUCUCUCUCAGACUAGCCGGUAAAGCUAUUAGAGCAUCCCUUUUUUAUAGUGAACUUAUUUAAUCGCAUUUAACC